CUUCAAUACAUUUUCUACCGGAUAUAGACUUAUGCUAUUCCGGUAACUGGCACUCAACAAUUGGUCAUUCCUAUUCUGUACAGUACGUAUGAAAAUUAAUUAUAAUCAGCUGCUUUGAUCUAAACAAAAAUCAGCUGUUAGGCGAGCAUUCAAAUUCGGAGCAUUUAAAUUUAAUAUGUUUUUUAUUUUUAAAUAAACACACUUAUAAUGAAAGCGAUAAUACAAAGGGUUUCUGCCGCAAAAGUUACUGUUGGCGAUGAACUUAUUAGUUCCAUUGAACGUGGACUAUGCGUGCUCGUGGGUAUAACACAUUCGGAUACAGAAAAGGAUGUGGAAUAUAUUUCACGUAAAUUGCUUGCUUUACGCUUAUUCGAAGACACAGCGGGUAAACGUUGGCAGAAAAACGUCAGAGAUGAGCAAUUGGAAAUAUUGUGUGUCUCGCAAUUUACACUCUAUCAUCGUCUCAAAGGAAGUAAACCUGAUUUCCAUUUAGCGAUGCAAGGUGAUGCGGCCCAAAAGUUAUAUAACUCAUUUCUUGAACGUUUGGUUAAGGAUUAUGAUAAGGCGAAAGUAAAAGAUGGUAAAUUUGGUGCCUACAUGCAAGUUCACAUACAAAACGAUGGUCCCGUUACUAUUGAAUUAGAAUCACCCUUGGAAGAGAGUAAAGUUAGAAAAGAUUCUCAAGCAAAAGUGAAUAAUUCGAAUGAAGUAAAACAGCCAGAGUGCGCAUCAACAGACAUCGAUAAAUAGAUAAAAUAAUUACUUUGAAAAUAUCGUA